AUGGGACAUAAAAGGAAGCAAGUUCAAGAACCAAAUAAUUCAGAGGAGUUUCUAGCUAAGAAACAUAUCAAAACGACUAAUCUUAAUCCGGAUGAGAAGAAAUUAAUUGUAGUUUUAAGUCAAGCGCAAUUGGAAACUGUUAAGGUUGGAAGCACAUUUGAGUUAUUAAAUUGCGAUGAUCACAUGCAUAUAAUGAAAAAACACAAUCGUGAUCCAGGAACUUGUAGGCCCGAUAUUACUCAUCAAUCACUUUUGAUGCUAAUGGACAGUCCUCUUAAUAGAGCUGGAUUACUACAAGUUUACAUACAUACAGCAAAGAAUGUAUUAAUCGAAAUUAAUCCACAAACAAGAAUUCCUAGAACUUUUAAGAGAUUUGCAGGAUUGAUGGUGCAGUUAUUACACAAAUUUUCAGUAAAAGCAAAUGAAAAUUCCACAAAGUUGCUUCAUGUUAUCAAGAAUCCAAUAACUGAUCACCUUCCCGUCGGCUGUAAGAAAAUAGCAAUGACAUUCAGUUCAAAGAUGGUUAAGAAUUGUAAAGAACUAGUUCCAACAGAGGGAAUCCAGAAUGUCGUAUUAGUUGUUGGCGCGUUUGCUCAUGGACAUCUCAAUUUAGACUACGUUGAGGACGCAAUUUCAGUCAGUAACUAUCCAUUAUCAGCAGCACUAACAUGUGCAAAAUUAUGCAGUGCAUUUGAAGAAGUUUGGAAGGUUGAAGACAUGAAAAUAGAACAAUAA